GGUUUGUGUGACUGGGAAGACUGCAAUGUAGGAGAUUGGCUCGGUGAAAAAAAAUUGUACGUGCAGCACAGAAGUGUUUUCAGACAGAAAGACACAGUUAGAGCGCGUGUUGAUACGUUAAACCCACUUUUUUUAAAAGUCUUUACUGAGAUUGUCAGGAUUUGACAAUCGAAAGAUUAACACUUUUCCCCGGAGGAACUUUCCAGAAGAGCAAAGGUUUGAGGAGGUCAGUCAGGAUGGCCCAGUGGAACCAGUUACAGCAGCUGGAGACCAGGUAUCUGGAGCAGCUCUAUCACUUGUACAGUGACAGCUUCCCAAUGGAGCUGCGGCAGUUCCUCGCCCCCUGGAUUGAGAGUCAGGACUGGGCUUAUGCUGCCAAUAAAGAGUCCCACGCCACACUAGUAUUCCACAAUCUCUUGGGAGAAAUAGACCAGCAAUACAGCCGUUUCCUGCAGGAAAACAACGUACUCUACCAGCAUAAUCUGCGUAGGAUCAAGCAGCAUCUGCAGAGCAAGUAUUUGGAAAAGCCUAUGGAUAUUGCACGCAUUGUUGCCCGUUGUCUGUGGGAGGAGCAGAGACUGCUGCAGACUGCCACCACGGCUGCACAGGAUGGCCAGGCAGCUCAUCCCACAGGGACAGUAGUGACAGAGAAGCAGCAGAUACUGGAGCACAACCUUCAAGACAUCAGGAAGCGGGUGCAGGAUAUGGAACAGAAGAUGAAAAUGCUUGAGAACCUGCAGGACGACUUUGACUUUAAUUACAAGACACUGAAAAGCCAAGGAGAAUUGUCCCAGGACCUUAAUGGGAACAGCCAAGCAGCUGCCACCAGACAGAAGAUGGCUCAGCUCGAGCAGAUGCUGAGUGCCCUGGACCAGCUCAGGAGGCAAAUCGUGACAGAGAUGGGAGGCUUGCUAACAGCCAUGGAUUACGUACAGAAGAAUUUGACAGAUGAAGAAUUGGCAGAUUGGAAGAGAAGGCAACAAAUCGCCUGUAUUGGGGGUCCACCAAACAUUUGCCUGGACCGCCUUGAAACAUGGAUCACAUCCCUGGCUGAGUCCCAGCUGCAGAUCCGUCAGCAGAUCAAAAAGCUGGAGGAGCUCCAGCAGAAGGUGUCCUACAAAGGAGACCCCAUCAUCCAACACCGGCCCGCCCUGGAGGAGAAGAUUGUCGACUUGUUCAGAAACCUGAUGAAGAGUGCUUUUGUCGUUGAGAGACAGCCUUGCAUGCCCAUGCAUCCAGACAGACCACUGGUCAUAAAAACAGGAGUUCAGUUCACAAACAAAGUCAGGUUACUGGUGAAGUUUCCUGAACUCAAUUAUCAACUGAAAAUUAAAGUUUGCAUCGACAAGGAAUCUGGGGAUGUGGCUGCAAUUCGAGGGUCACGGAAGUUUAACAUCCUCGGUACAAACACAAAGGUUAUGAACAUGGAGGAAUCCAACAAUGGCAGCCUCUCAGCAGAGUUUAAACACUUGACCCUGAGGGAACAGAGGUGUGGUAAUGGUGGCCGGACCAAUAGUGAUGCCUCUUUGAUCGUCACAGAGGAGCUACAUCUCAUUACUUUUGAGACAGAAGUCUAUCACCAAGGCUUAAAAAUUGAUCUGGAGACUCAUUCCCUGCCUGUGGUAGUUAUUUCAAACAUCUGCCAGAUGCCAAACGCCUGGGCUUCAAUCCUGUGGUACAACAUGCUCACUAACCACCCAAAGAAUGUGAACUUCUUCACCAAGCCUCCCGUGGGGACAUGGGAUCAGGUAGCUGAGGUUCUCAGCUGGCAGUUUUCCUCCACUACUAAGAGGGGCCUGACCAUUGAACAGCUCACCACCCUAGCUGAGAAAUUACUAGGCCCAUGUGUCAACUACUCCGGCUGUCAGAUCACUUGGGCCAAGUUCUGUAAGGAAAACAUGGCAGGCAAAGGCUUCUCCUUCUGGGUGUGGCUGGACAACAUCAUUGACCUGGUGAAGAAGUAUAUCCUGGCACUGUGGAAUGAGGGGUAUAUCAUGGGCUUUAUCAGCAAGGAGAGGGAGAGGGCCAUUCUUAGUCCAAAACCUCCAGGCACUUUCCUCCUGCGCUUCAGUGAGAGCAGCAAAGAGGGGGGCAUCACAUUUACAUGGGUAGAAAAAGACAUCAGUGGAAAGACCCAGAUCCAGUCAGUGGAGCCCUACACCAAGCAGCAGCUCAACAGCAUGUCUUUUGCGGACAUCAUCAUGGGCUACAAGAUCAUGGAUGCCACCAACAUUCUGGUUUCCCCACUCGUGUAUCUCUACCCUGAUAUCCCCAAAGAGGAAGCUUUUGGGAAGUACUGCAGACCUGAAGCAGUUCCUGAACCUGAGAUGGGGGGAGACUCUACAAGCACUAUUCAGCCGUACUUGAAGACAAAGUUCAUCUGCGUUACCCCGUGUCCCUCCGUGUUCAUGGACUUGCCAGACAGUGAGCUGCUUGGGAACGGAUUCCCAGGCACAAACUCUGGAAACACCAGCGACCUGUUCCCCAUGUCACCUCGCACCCUUGAUUCUCUCAUGCAUAAUGAAGCUGAAACUAAUCCAGGACAUUUGGAUUCACUCACUUUGGACAUGGAUGUACAGUCCCCAAUGUAAAGAGACGCGCCAUUUCUCUUCAUUCUCAUUCUUUCUUGUCUGUAUUUGAUAAGAUCUUGUGUUUGAGUAUUUUAUGAUGAUUUCUCUUGCCUGUACAGUUUGUUUCUUAAUCCUGUGUUAAAUUACACUUGUAGAAAAUUGGAUGAUUUUGAAAGACUUUCCUUUGAAAAAGGGUUUUUUGACUUUCCACUCGUAGCUCAUUGUUUGAAGUCCUUGACUGAUACUGACCUGUUGUAUUUUGAGCAGCAUACUUUUCCCUUGAAUACUUUUCCAUCCUCAAAAAUAUCUCACUAUAUUGAAUUCUAUUUUUUGAGAGCAAUGUAUUUUUGUGUUGAUGUCUUUCAAAAGAGAUUGUGUUUUAAAAAAGUAGCUCAAGUAUUUCUUGUAUAAGCUAUGCUUAAGAAUCAUGCUUUGAAAGGUUUAAUGUUUUUUAGUAUGUUUUAUUGCAGAUUGAAUCAAAUGCCAAAUGUCACUGGUGUUUCAUAUUACCUGUAACACGUUUUUGUGUCAUUUUAGCCUUUUCUCUAAAUGAAAUAUUUCUUAUAUUUCUCAUAGACAUUUAAAGUGUUAAACUGUACAGAAGAGGGAUGACACAUGGAGUUUUAAACAUUAAGGUUAUUUCCUGUAAGCUCCACCUUUUAGUGUUGUGAGAAAUAAUGUGACCUUACCUGUUAAUGUGUUCUCCUCUUCCCCUUACAUAAUUGUUAUAAGUGAUCACGUGUGUUGUGUUUUGAAAAUUAUGCAUUUUUUAUUAGUUUUGAAUCCUGUAUUCACCUGAUUUCAUAAAUGGUUUAAAUCAUCUUUAACCCAAUUAAAUGCAAGCCACAUUUGUCUUCUCUGCCAUGAAAUGUCAAGAAGUUUUCUGUAAAUACUGUUACUGUUCAUUAAUUGGUGGAAAGAAAUAAAACAAAGUAAGCGUGA